CAACUCCGAACGCUGCUCUGGUACCGCAAGUCUCGGGCAUGUCUGCUGCGGUUUCUUGUGGGUCCACCCUCGCGUCUUAUACUUAUAUGCAUCCUGGCUCCGAUCCACGCUACUCGCCACCUUCCCCCUCCCACUUCUUCUGCUUUCUGUGGCGUUGCAUUCCGCUCUGAAGGCCCCGCACCAUGGACGACGACUGGGUUUACGCGGACGUAGACGACUUUCCCCGGGACCACCGAAACCACUACGAGGUUGCGCCCGCCGUAGACGGUGGCGUCGAUGCUGAGGGCUGGGAAAGAUACACCGUCGUGGAAGAGCGGUAUCGUGCUCUAGAAGGCGGCAGCAUUACAUCCUGGGACUCGUUACCUGAGGCCGACCCAGUACCACCACCUGGCCACCGCGCUCUGUCCGCAUUCAGGUGGCUUCGUCCCCAUAGCCCCCACGGACUUUCGAGCGUGCCGCCUGCCUUACGGUAUGCCCGGCUUCGAUUCACGCAGGGGCUUUCAGCAGGCGUGCGGAGUAUCCGGCGAUAUUUGCCUACCAUCGUCCAUAUUCCCCUAGUCCGUGCCACCCGGAGAACAUCCCCUUCCCUAGACAGGCGCGCCAUUCCCGAGUGGAAUACCGAUGUCCCCGCAACAUAUACUGCUCCUCCCCUGAGGAGUCCCCAGAGGUCGCCGACGGGCACCGAAGAGUGCACGGCCUGUCAGGUGGAGAUUCUCGUGCGCGACGAAGCCACCAGAGUUCCUUGUGGGCACAUCUAUCACUCGGCGUGCCUGCUCACGCUGGUCGAGGUCGCCAUGCGCACCCCGUCGCAAUUCCCGCCACGCUGCUGCCGCCAACCCAUCCCCCCCAUGCUCUUCCGCUACCUCCUAGAUGUCGACCAGCUGCAGGCAUUCACCCGGCUCCAGGUCGAACGAGCCACGCACCGCCCUCUCUACUGCGCCAACCCGCGAUGCAGCCGCUUCCUCGGCGAACGAGACAAGCACACCCCGGUCCACAUUCUCACCUGUGGCGACAGCGCGUGUCACACCCGCACCUGCGCACGCUGCAAGGCCGCCGUCGGGCACGACGACACCGCGGAGACCCACGUGUGCGCAUACGACGCGGGCCACCGCGCGAUACUGCAGCUCGGCACGCGGCACGGCUGGGUGCGCUGCCCGGGGUGCGAACAACUCGUCGAGCGCAACGGCGGCUGCCCGCACAUGACGUGCCGCUGCGGGACCGAGUUCUGCUACGCGUGCGGGAAGCGGUACGGCGACUGCGUCUGCGGCCAGCGCCGCACGCUCUACCCGGUGUACGCCAUCCCGGACCCGGUCUUCCCGGAGAACCCUGUGGGGAUUCCGGAGCCCGUCAGGCCUCGCCGACGCAGGCCGCUUCCGGAACCGUUCAUCGAUGACUACGAGAUUGUCCCCACGGACUACAACUACGAUGAGCAGCCGCCCAUGCGGACUACCGUCGUGGCUUGGACGGCGGACGAGCGAGACAUGGAAGCACAUCCUCUUUACCACGCCGCCGGCGUGCACCCGUGGCAGAUGCGACCGGAGGCGCUCCCUCCUGCGAUUGAGGAGGAGCCCUCGCGAUUUGACUUUAUCAACGAAAUAUCAGUUUCCCUACCGCCGUCGAUUGCAGGGUCUCCGCGGGGAAGUUCGGACGGUCACGCACUAUAUUAUGAAGAAGUGACUGCGCCAGUCAGCCCAGCAUCCUCCGUCGCUACCGGUGGAGACUCGUUCAUGGGCCGAAUGGGCGAAGCCGCUCAGCAGGCCCGUGUAGGCUCGUUGCGGAGGGCAUCUUUAUGGAUGGAGGGAUAGCUGUCGAUCAUCUCCUCGUGGCCUCCGGUGGGCCGUCCCGUCAUCCUUGCUGUCGUUCUUU